AUGCCACUGCUUGAUCUACCAAAUGAGUUGCUCCAAAAUAUAUCAGAAUACCUAGAAUCUGAUAGAGAUAUCAACGCCAUUGCACAAGCUGACGGCCGCCUUUACUGUCUCCUAGAUCGCUACCUCUACCGCUACAAUAUACAACAAUCUGGAAGCUCAGCGCUGCUGUGGGCUGCCCGACAUGGCCAAGAAGUGACAGCGCAAAAGUUGCUGAAGGAAAAUGCCAAUAUACAGGCUAAAAAUGACAAUGACGAGGCACCGCUGUUUUUGGCGGCAGAGAAUGGGCAUAAACAGGUAGUAAAGCUGCUGAUUGACAAGGGCGCCGACGUCAAUGCACAGAGUGGACUCUUCGGCGACGCACUCCAGACGGCUUCAGCUGGAGGCUACGAGCAGGUGGUGAAGAUGCUUCUCGACAAGGGCGCCGACGUCAACACGCAGCGCGGAUAUUACGGCAACGCACUGCAGGCGGCUUCAAGAGUAGGCCACGAGGCGGUGGUGAAGAUGCUGCUCGACAAGGGCGCCAACCCGAACGCGCAGGGUGGAGAUUACGGCAACGCACUGCAGGCAGCUUCAGCUGGAGGCCACGAGGCGGUGGUGAAGAUGCUUCUCGACAAGGGCGCCGACGUCAACGCGCAGCGCAGAUAUGACGGCAACGCACUGCAGGCAGCUUCAGACGGAGGCUACGAGCAGGUGGUGAAGAUGCUGCUCGACAGGGCAGCUUCAGCUGGAGGCUACGAGGCGGUGGUGAAGAUGCUGCUCGACAAGGGCGCCAAGAUCAAUGCGCAGGGUGGAGAAUACAGCAGCGCACUCCAGGCAGCUUCAGCUGGAGGCUACGAGGCGGUGGUGAAGAUGCUGCUCGACAAGGGCGCCAACCCGAACGUGCAGGGUGGAUAUUACGGCAACGCACUGCAGGCAGCUUCAGCUGGAGACUACGAGCAGGUGGUGAAGAUGCUGCUUGACAAAGGCGCCAAGGUCAACGCGCAGGGUGGACACUACGGCAGCGCACUCCAGGCGGCUUCAGCUGGAGGCUACGAGGCGGUGGUGAAGAUGCUGCUCGACAAGGGCGCCAACCCGAACGCGCAGGGUGGAUAUUACGGCAACGCACUGCAGGCAGCUUCAGCUGGAGGCUACGAGGCGGUGGUGAAGAUGCUGCUCGACAAGGGCGCCAAGGUCAAUGCGCAGGGUGGAGAAUACAGCAGCGCACUCCAGGCGGCUUCAGCUGGAGGCUACGAGGCGGUGGUGAAGAUGCUGCUCGACAAGGGCGCCAACCCGAACGUGCAGGGUGGAUAUUACGGCAACGCACUGCAGGCAGCUUCAGCUGGAGACUACGAGCAGGUGGUGAAGAUGCUGCUUGACAAAGGCGCCAAGGUCAACGCGCAGGGUGGAGAUUACGGCAACGCACUGCAGGCAGCUUCAGCUGGAGGCUACGAGGCGGUGGUGAAGAUGCUUCUCGACAAGGGCGCCGACGUCAACGCGCAGGGCAGAUAUGACGGCAACGCACUGCAGGCAGCUUCAGACGGAGGCUACGAGCAGGUGGUGAAGAUGCUGCUCGACAAGGGUGCCGACGUCAACGCGCAGGGUGGACGCUACGGCAACGCACUCCAGGCGGCUUCAGCUGGAGGCUACGAGCAGGUGGUGAAGAUGCUGCUCAACAAGGGCGCCAAGGUCAAUGCGCAGGGUGGAGAAUACAGCAGCGCACUCCAGGCGGCUUCAGCUGGAGGCUACGAGGCGGUGGUGAAGAUACUAGUGGCAUGGGGUGCCGAGUCAUCAUGA